UGUACAGCUAGCUCGUGCUCGACUCCUUGGUUCUCAGCCUCCACAAGUUGUGGACCACAACACACUCCCAGUCUCCUCCCACGCAACACAAAGCGGCCGGCGAACCAACAUGCAGCUCACGAGUCCGUGCCGCCACACCAUGCCGCUCCUCGUCGCCGUCCUUGUCCUCGCGGCGGCGGCAGCGGCCGACGGCGCCCUCUGCGACAAGGCGGACAAGGCGGCCCUCCUGGCCGUCAAGUCCGCCCUGGGCAACCACCCGGACCUCUCCGGCUGGAACUCCACCGCGCCCUGCUGCGCCUGGCCGGGCAUCUCCUGCGACGCCGCCACCGGCCGGGUCACCGAGCUCACGGUCUUCGCGCUCAACAUCUCGGCGCCGGUCCCGGCCGCCAUCGCCAACCUCACCGCCCUGCAGACCGUCAACCUGGCCUACAACCGCCUCUACGGCCGCAUCCCGGCGUUCCUGGGCCCGCGCGCCCUCCCGGACCUCACCUUCCUCCGCCUCGACGGCAAUCUGCUCGACGGCCCCAUCCCGCCGACGGCCACCGUGCACGACCUCUCCGUCGUCGGCAACCGCCUGGCCGGCCCGCUCCCGGCCGCCUUCGCGGGCGCGGAGUUCGGCAGCGUGGACCUCGCCGACAACCAGCUCACCGGCGACGCGUCGGCGCUGUUCGGCGCCGGGAAGCGGGUGAACUCGGUGCGGCUGUCGCGCAACCGGUUCGCGUUCGACCUCGGCCGCGUCGAGCUGCCGGCGGCGCUGGACAUACUGGGCGUUGACCACAACAUGAUGUACGGCGGCAUCCCGGCGGCCGCGGCGGCGAGGAAGUGGCUGGCGUUCGACGUGAGCUACAACAGUCUGUGCGGGUCGAUCCCGCAGGGCCGGUACACGCACAGGUUCGGCCCCAAGCACUUCGCGCCCAACAAGUGCCUCUGCGGCCGCCCGCUCGCGCCCUGCAGCUAAGGUGCCUUAGGUGGCCGCUCACUGUGACGGUGACCGCCUCGCUGAUGAUGUAUUGCUAUUGCUAGUACUUUGGCAGUGCUCUGCUGAAUAUCUCCACGCCUUUGAGUUAGCAAUAAAGCCCUUCUUAAUGUAGUUCGUGAUAGUAAGUACUAAGUGCCACUCUUGGCCAAUUAAUCACGAGCUGGCCAGGUCGAUCAGUUAAUAUAAUAUCGGAUUUUACAA